CUUCCGGUUGUUUUUAGUCAUAACAUAAUGUAAAUACGGUAGUAGAGCGUUACCAGCUGACGUUUCGGCCACGUUGAUUGUUUGUAUGUCUGCUUCAAUCUAACACUCAUUUUAGUCACAACGGAGGAAUAUCAAAGCAAUUCGCCAUGCACGACGGCGGUGGUGGGACUGACAAUCUCGUCAAAAUAUUUGCCAACAUAUUCAUUUCAUUUAUUGGAGCUGGUGUAUUAGGUCUUCCAUAUGCAUUUCGGGAGGCUGGUGUAAUAGAAGGUGUACUUAUCAUGGCCUGUGUAGGAGUAUUAAGUGUCAAAUCAAUGUUGUUAAUCAUAGACAGUAAAUACAGAAUACUUGGUCAGUCACCGCAUGGGGAGGCACAUCAACAGGAACAGGAAGAAUUAAUGAUGAACUCAGUGGAAAUGAAUGGUAUAAUAUCUGAAGAAGAAGAAAAAACUCAGACAGAUCAAACCAAGACAUCAGUUCAUGAAAUAGAUUAUGGUGAAGUAGGUUAUCAUGCUAUGGGCACACUGGUCACUUAUGGUCGAUGUUUUUGCUGUGCCUACCUCAUUUUUAUAAUAGAAAACUUAUCAUCGUUUGUACAUGAAAUGCAUAUGUAUCAAUGGUUAUUUAUAAUUCUUCCACCAUUGGCUUUUCUUACACUCAUCAGAAAGCUACAUAAAUUAGCCAUAUUUAGUUUAUUUGCUGACUUUGCCAAUGUGACUGCUUAUGCUGUUGUAUUUUGGUUUGACUUUGAACAUGCAAGUAAAAUAACAAUACAUCCUAAGGCAAUGUCUUUUAAAGGGUUUCCAUUCUUUCUUGGAAUAUCCAUCUAUUGUUAUGAGGGUGCUGGAAUGAUAUUGUCAUUAGAAUCAUCUGUUAUCAAAGAAAAAAGACACAGAUUUAGAAGUGUCUUUAUAUUUACAAUGUUUGUAGUUACAUCUUUAUAUAUUUUCUUUGGAGUAUGUGGUUAUUUGUCAUUUGGAGCCGAAACUGAAAACAUUAUAACAUUGAAUUUACCAGCUGGGCUGUUUCCAAUAUUGGUGAAAACAUGUUUAUGUUUUUCUUUGUAUUUUACCUAUCCUGUUAUGAUGUUUCCUGUUGUUAAGUUACUUGAAAAAAGAUUAUUACCUGACAAUAAAGAUAAAAGUUAUUUACAAGGGAAUAUAUUACGGUUUAUUAUGGUAACUGUAACUGGCCUUGUUGUAUUGGCAAUACCAAAUUUUUCUACCUUAAUGGCAUUAGUAGGAGCUAGUUGUUGUACUUUAUUAGCAUUUAUAUUACCGGCAAUAUUUCAUCUGAGGAUAUUCAAAGGAUCCCUAAACAAGAAACAACUUUUUCUUGACUAUUUUCUUAUAACAGUUGGUGUUGUUGGGACUGUUAUUGGUACAUGGGAUGCACUUAAAAGAUUAUUUCCAUCUCUAGCUGGCACAUCAACUGUUGUCAUGGAUACACUAAUUUCUACUUCUCCUUCAUUAAAUACCUCAGUUAGUUGA